GUUUUCGGUCUUAGCUUGAUAGCUUCCCUAGCCAUUGCACAUUCUCGGUGGAGUUGUCACUGUGGAAUGUUGAAGCUACUCUUUGAUCUUCACCGAGUCUGAAACACACUCAUCAAUCAUCAAAGGUAUACACAUAUACGAGCUUUGAGCUGAGAUGAUCCAAUCCCAAAUUCAGAUCCAUCACUUCUCCCUCUAAACUCAAACUACCAAUUUCGCAAACAAAACCAUGCCUCCUCAAAACACAGGUGCUGAAUUUGGGAAACCAACAAAUGUGGAUCAGCAAGACGCUGGGGAAGAUGCUUCUAAGCAGAGUUCGAAGGCAUCGGUCUUUGUGAACACGGAACCAAUGCGGGAGGAGCAAGUUCAGAAUGCAGUGAAGUUUCUUUCGCACCCAAAAGUUAGAGGCUCCCCCAUCAUAUACCGUCGAAAUUUCCUGGAGAAGAAGGGGCUCACAAAGGAGGAGAUAGAUGAGGCCUUUCGCCGUGUGCCUGAUUCACAGCCGAGCGAGCAGACAGCUGGUGCAAAUCAAGCAAACACACCAGAUGUUCAGCGUCCAGCACAAUCACAAGCUUUGCAGCCAGGUGUAUCUGGUUCCGCUGGUGUUACUACUUUGUCGAGAACUUCCUCACGCUACUCUUUUCACUGGUCCCAUGCCCUUGUUGCAGUUGGGUUUCUGGUUGUUUCAGGCGCUGGAACAGCUAUCUUAAUUAAGAAGUCCAUCCUUCCGCGUUUAAAAUCUUGGAUACGGAAGAUCGUUUUAGAGGAAGAAUACGACCAAUUAGAGAGCACAGAUUCAAAACCGACCGUGGUGGAAGAAGUUUCACAAGCUGCAAAAGCAGCUGCAGCUGCAGCCGCGGAGUCAGCAAAAGCAAACCAAGAAAUUCUGGCUUGUAGAAGUGAAGAGAGGAGAUACUUUUUGGAUGUUGUUAGCCUUUUGGAUAAGCAAGUGCAGGAGAUGAAGUUUAUGAAUAAUGAAAUAAGAAGAUUGGAAGCAUCCAGUGGAGCCUCUUACUCAAGGCAAGAAGAUUACCAAGUCAAUCAAGCUAGCUCAAAGCCGGUCAUUGUAAAUGGGAAGCGGGAUUAUGGCCUACAUUCAGUGACAUCUUCAUCCCAACCUGCUUCUGUUGAACCAUCUAGUGCUCCCCAUCCAAAGUCAUAUAUGGAGAUAAUGGCUAUGAUCCAGAGAGGGGAGAAGCCUUCUAACAUCAGGGAUAUCGAUGAUUCACCCCCCAACCCAAAUCAGCAACCUUCAAAUCCUCGCUUAGCACCAAGAGCAAAGCCUUGGGAAGUUGGUCAGGUUCAACACAACUCUACCCCAGUAUUUCAGUCUCACGUAAAUGGCAAGGACUUGAAUUCCGGUGUCCUAGAUAAUAGUGACAAUGCUGUACCUCCGUGGCAAGCGAAAAAUGCCAGAAUCAGAGAGAUUGAUAAUGGAGUUGAGAAUAAUGGAUAUAACGCUGCAUCCAGUCAGCAGCCAAUCAAACGUACGUGGGUUCCCCCUCAGCCACCUCCAGUGGUUAUGUCAGAGGCUGCGGAAGCAAUCAAACGCCCAAAGCCACUAGUACAGAAGGAACAAAUACUGGAUGAUCAGUCAGUACACCAUUCUUCAGAUAUCUCUGAUAAGGUGAUGGAAUCUUCAGAACUAUCCAAAUCCGAAAGACAAAUGGAAGGUAGUAGUACCAAUGCAGUUCUUGGCUCUGCUGAGAUAUUGGAAGAGUCAUGAAGUGGAUUAGGUAUAAAAAAUGAAGGCAAAAUUCAUAGUUAUCUUGGUCCAUCUCAACCAUUAUAUGUAGUUGGGAAUACAAUUUGAACUAAGGUUUAGUCUUGUAUGAUAGCUACGUAGUCUGUUAUUACUCUUGAUUUUCAAUGAACAGAUUCCGAAGCAUUUUAGUCA